AUGCGCCGUUGCGCGCGCGAGUUUCUGUCAUCAUCUGCGCUCCAGCAAGCGACAAAGACGGGACGCGGCGCCUUGGCGAUGCCAUGGCUGCGCAAUCGCGCACGCUGCGGCGUUUCUCGCGGUUCAAUCCGCACGCGGGCGCCGCCCCAAACGCCCCCAACGUGUUUCGUUUCCGUCUCCCCGCCAGUCGCUGUCCUGUCCUGUCCUGCCGUGCACUGCGCGCAUCGACUCAGACCAGCGUCCCCGCUUUUUGUCUUUGUCGCUUCGAGUCAGACAUUUGCUCUCGUUUCUUUGAUUGCCAUGAAUUGCGAUGGGCAAACAAUUCCUGCUCGAGCAUUUGCACCGCGGGCCGCGCUCCGUCUGAGUGGUCGGCGGAUGCGUCAGUCGAGACAUCCGUGGGUGAGGUGGCCAUCGAGGGGCCCUCCACUUCCUGUCGGGGAAGCGAUGCAUGGCAUGGCAUCCGUGGCAUCUUGCAGCGCCGCCCGCCCGCCCGCCUCGCCGCGUGCGGAGACGGGGCUUUCCUCCACCUGUCUUGUCUUGCCUUGUCUCUCUCCAGCGGCCCGGACCACGUCUCUCCUCUUCCUUCACUCCGUCCCUGACAUGCUCGGCCUCACCAUCUCAGCGGAAGCCGCAAUCCGUCCUGAUCCCGGCACCGUCGUCAGCACUCGCCCUCCUGUCGCCACGUUUUCCCUGGUGCCUCAUAGCGCAAUGCCUUGCGCGGCUCAGCCGCGACAUCAACGCGGUGCCACGGCUGACGGACGCAAUGCUGCCCCAACUCAGCCAACGGCGUGCCCAAGUCUGCACUGCUCCCGAAGCCACCGAUCGCCCCUCCUACCGACUGCGGCAAGCACAGGCACACACACCAGACGUGGCUGGCGGAUCGCUGCACAGGAAUCCGACCCCUCCUGCGGCCCCCCGGAGGCCCAGAGCCUCGCCUGCAUCGCUUCUCGCCGCUGGUGCCGCUCCAGAUCGCCCCGUCCCAUCCGGAAACCCCGAGUAUUAAUGGGCCCAGUCCCACCACUUCAUCGGCGCUUGAUAUGUGUUGUGCAGUCUCUCUCAGCCACGGUGCUGCGCAGGCAACCAUCUUCCGCUGCGCGGAAUACCCCUCGCCCGUGGUCCGUAGAUCUCGGCCCUUCCGGCCCAGCGUUAGGGUCCGAAGAAAUGAUUGGAUCUGCAACGGAGGUUCCAACGAUACGGUCCGGCCAAUCAUGCAACCUUGGCCAUUGCAGCUCUCAACUAUUGUGCCCCGCAGAGAACGCGCAUGGCGAUCCAACAUGUGAUAGAUUGUUGCCCAUUGACUGA